UAGAGCACGUCAGUCAGGGUGAACAGACGUCCAAAGGCGUAAAUGCGCGUCGCUCCGUCACUCGAGCGUGAAAAACAAGGAAGUUGAAUCCCUACUGAAGCGCUUUCAUCUUGUAUCAAAGAAGACGUUGUGGCCAGAUACCUCCCGCUGCUGCUGCGAUGGCUUUUCGCGAAGUUUGUCUUCUGCUUCUUUCCCUUCUGGCAUACACAUACGCCGAGCACGUGAAGUUCAGCGACUGUGGCUCGGCGGUGGGUAAGGUGGUCCUGGUGGAUAUUGAGCCUUGUCCUAAGCAGCCGUGCCAACUUAAGAAGGGACAGUCCUACUCUGUCAACGUCACCUUCAGCAGCAAUGUGGCGUCGGAGGGCAGCAAGGCGGUGGUCCAUGGUGUGAUCGCUGGAAUUCCAGUGCCGUUCCCGAUCCCAGUGGAGGACGGCUGCAAAUGCGGAAUCUCCUGUCCAAUCAAAACACAGACCACAUAUAGCUACGUCAAUCAGCUACCUGUCAAGACUGAGUACCCCAGUAUUAAGCUGGUGGUGGAGUGGGAGCUGAGGGACGACUCCAGUAAAGAUCUCUUCUGUAUCCGAUUCCCCGUCCAGAUCGUCAGCUGAGGCAUGGCGCAUCAAGGGUUAACCACUCUCUCACCCAAGACAACAUUGGCUGAAAUCACUCACAACAUGGCCAACAUCAACACUCCCAUUCUAACGACUUUUUCUUCCACUCACUGCUGAUUUUUAACAGUUAGUGUCCAAUGAGCUGCAGUGUAGUUUAAUGGAGCUGCGCUGCUCACCUGCCCCUCCUGCUGGCACCAAGCUGGACUGCAGCAGAGUAGUGUGGGGUGACUUUGGACUGGGAAUUCGUAUCUGUUUGUGUCUCUCUCUCGGCUGACUGUCCAGUCGUACAAAUGAGGUGUUUGCCUUGUCAUCUUGUAUGUCUGUAAAGGUGUCUUGUAAGGCUGUUGAAUGGUUUUCUGUGUGUGUGUUCACGCGUCAGUCUGAUUGCAGAGUCUUGUCAUGCGUCUGGCCUAAUUAAUCUCUUGGUAAAUCAUGUCUGGCCUAACUGGUCUGUUUUGUAAAUCAACCUUUUUAUGUACAUUUCAUAAUAAAGACUCCUGCCCCUGUGAA